GCUCCAAACACAGCCAUGGCUCAAUGCUUCAUCAAUGUCUUCUCUUCUCUUCUGGUGAUUCUCGCAGCCAUUGAAGGCACCAUAGCAGUCGACUACACCGUCAACAACACUGCCCUCGCCACCUCCGGCGGCCGUGUCUUCCGAGACAAAAUAGGCGACGCCUACGCCAGGGAAACAAUGGACUUUUCAACCCAGUUCAUAUGGUGGAUCUUCAGGCAGAAUUCUGCCGCAGACAGAAAGAAUGUUCAGAAAGUGAUCUUGUUCGUGGAAGACAUAGGUGGAGUCGCAUUUGCAAGAGGCAACGAGAUCCAUCUCAGUGCAAUUUACGUGGGAACAUACCCAGGAGAUGUGAAAAGAGAAGUGACUGGUGUGCUGUAUCAUGAGAUGGCUCACAUAUGGCAGUGGAAUGGGAUUGGCCAGGCCAAUGGAGGGUUGAUCGAAGGGAUUGCUGAUUAUGUGAGGCUCAAAGCUGGCUAUGCGCCGAGCCGCUGGGCGAAACCUGGUCAGGGAGAUAGGUGGGAUCAAGGCUAUGACGUUACUGCUUAUUUUCUGGAUUACUGUAACAGUCUGAGAGAUGGGUUUGUGGCAGAACUGAACAAGAUGAUGAGGACUGGUUAUAGUGACGAUUUCUUUAGGCAGCUUCUUGGGAAAUCUGUGGAUCAGCUUUGGAGAGACUAUCAAGCCAAAUUUGGCAGUCUGCAAGUAUCUUAUAUAUGAGUAGAUAAGAAGAGCUAGCUACUUAGUUUAAAUAAUAACAAGAUGAUAUAACAAGAUGAUACGUGUGUACUGUAUCGUGGUUUGUCUGUGAAAUGAGUGCAUAAUAUUACUGCUUAUAUAAUGAAAAUGUCGAAUGUAUGUUGCUCUCACUGAAGUGAGUAUGCUUUUCUGCAAAAUGGACAAGUUUAAAUUUCACUGUG